AUGGUGGAUGACCCGCGUGCGGGCCUCGAGAUGCUCCGAAAGGCUCAGCAGGCCGGCCAUGGCCAGGAAAUGGCUGUCUCCCGUCCCAAGUCGCCGACUGAUGGACCGGAAUGGCGUGUGACUAAUACCAUAGACGACCUGCUAAACAUCACCAACUUCGCCGGCUUCCAAGAAUCCUGCGCAAAAGGUACUGAGGAAAAUGUCAACAUUAUGAAACGAGAAACAGGUAUUACCGAUGCAGAAAUUAUUCGCAUUCCUUCUCUUUAUGAAGAUUACCCUGAAAAUUCUUGGAAAUAUGCGAACGAUAAGCCUGUCGCCCAGGGAAAGCGCGAAGAGCCCAUCUACGAUCAGGCCCGCGCCCAGAAACCCAAGGGGCUCAAUGCUCUCGAAGCCGGCACACCUCCCCGGGACUUGAAGCACCAGCCAGAAGAUGCAGCAGCAAGGAGUUUGGAGGGCCGCCAGGAAGCAGACAGAGGUGCUGUCACCCUCUACCCUGGCGCUAUCAACAGCGUUGUUCUGGGCAACAAGCAGAUCGUUGCCCCUAACCCAUGGGGACCGAUAAUCGAGGGUCAAGAUGUGCUUGCCACCGCGGUAAAUGCGGCCUACGCCAAGGCUGGUUAUACCGUUGUCUAUGUGGAUGACUGGUUUACGCACCAUGCAACGCUCGGCGAAGUCCAUUGCGGGUCGAAUGUCAUUCGUGAACUUACGGAUGUCAAGUGGUGGUAA